ACGACGUUCAGCUUGUCAAGGUCUCAGUCUUCUCUCUGUCUUUCGCUCCCGCUGGAUCACUCGCAGAGUCGCUGAAAUCGAAAGAUCAACUCAAAAAGCCCUCAAAUAUGCUCCGGCACCGCCUUCUCUCUUCUCUCCGGACCCGCGGUGGAGCCGCCGCCGGUCAGAGUCGGUGGACCAGUCCUGGCCAUGAGGAUCGGCCGAAGGGCUAUCUUUUCAAUCGGACGCCGCCUCCACCAGGUCAGUCCCGUAAAUGGGAGGAUUGGGAGCUUCCUUGUUAUGUUACUAGUUUUCUUACUAUUGUGAUUCUUGGCGUUGGCCUCAACGCCAAGCCUGAUCUCACAAUUGAGACUUGGGCUCACCAGAAGGCCCUCGAGCGCCUCGAGAUGGAGAACCUAGGUAUCUCUGGCUCUGUAUCAUCUGAAUCUGAUUGAAUUUCGUGGUCAUAGUGCACGUGUGGGAACUGGGUUGUCUGAUUUCAACUCAUCCUUGAAAUGGGGUUUCGGAUAUAUGAUGGGAUUUAUAAGAUGGUGUCGAUAUUCUGUAGUUCAAUAAGUUUCCCUUGCAUGUUUUUAUUGGCUCUUUUGGAGCUUCAAUAACAGCUUCAUUUUUAAUCCUUAGUUUUGCACACUUUGACGUUGUAUAUGUCAAGUACUUGAUAAAUUUAACUUUCUGCCAUGUUUCAAUUCAGUUGCCAAUAUGAGUUAUGCAUAUGGAUUCUCUAAUAAU